AUGUCUUUCCAGAAGCCCGAGAAGGAGUUCGGCGAGGGCCCUAAGGUCCACAAGAUCCGCAUCACCCUCACCUCCCGCAAGGUUGCCUCCCUCGAGAAGGUCUGCCAGGAGCUGAUUGACCGUGCUCGCUCCAAGUCCCUCCAGGUCAAGGGCCCCGUCCGUCUUCCCACCAAGACCCUCCAGAUCUCCACCCGUAAGACCCCCAACGGUGAGGGUUCCAAGACCUGGGACAAGUACGAGAUGCGCAUCCACAAGCGUCUCAUUGAUCUCCUCGCCCCCACCGAGACCGUCAAGCAGAUCAUCAUCAACAUCGAGGCCGGUGUUGAGGUUGAGGUCACCAUUGCCGCAUAA